AUGGGAGGAGUAAGGUACUCCGUACCUACUUCGUGCAGACUGGACGGUAUCAACAGAUGGAACUUGGAAGUGCAAGUCCCUGCAAAGCUCUGGUGUGGAUUGUGGACUGUGGACAAGCACGCACUAACGUACCCAGCCGGUGGAGGUGGUGGACCAGGGAGAGAUUCGAGCCGGUGCAAGCGCCUCUCCACGCCAUCUAAGCUCAACACAACAGCGCUCGGCUUUGCUCAAGCCUCCAGACUAGAAGCCUUCAACGGAAUCUUCAGCCAUUCUACCGGCCACCUGUCACUGCCAUUUUGGCAAAGGUGGUAUUACCCUUCUACGGAUUCCCACGCAACUCACAACUUCAGACACUCUGUGGGCGGUCUGGGGCCGACAGAGCGGGCUCCCGAGCAGAGUUUCUGCUUUAAGACCCUCGCAGCCCUCCACCUUCCACGUCCCCCGUUGUGGCCGGACGGGUUCGGUGGACAGUUGAGCUCGACUCCUUCGAGAACAAGACUGGAUGAUGCACUUGACCCAUCCAGGCAGGAUAAGACGGGGUCAAGCCUCAGGUACCGUCUCCGUACCCGUCCUCAAUCUCAGGUGUCUCCUAGCAGCCCCCAGGACGGUCAGGAGUAUGAGGGUCCCCUUGGGGCAUUGGGCGUGACCGGGACCACCAACCCCACGAGAGAUGUCAGGUUGACUGGUGCUGUGGAUGAAGAAAUUGUUGGACUUGCCCUACUGGGCAGGGCAACAAGGCGGGUAAGGUACGGCUACAGCCUACGGACGGGUACGGGUACAGAUACCUUGCCUGCCAAUGCUAAUCCGCCUGCCUGGUUUGCUCUCGCGACGCUAGAGACUCCUUACAAGGUGGUUAUUACGGAGUACCACCUGGCUCGACUCCUCAAGAUGCGGAUCAUCUGGUCAUUGUCGUCGUGUGUGCUUACUGCGGCAGCAGGAUGGAUACCCUACGCGAUCCAUUGGCUUAGCUGAGCUCCCAGCCUGUCAGCGGAGGCAUCGAGGCAUCCGGCACAUGGAUGAUGGCACUAAGAAGGGCGCGAAGUACCAUGACACUCAAGUGGCAGACUGGGAGUGCGAGGAAUCUCCGCCAGGGCUGGAGCUUUCAUGAAGCGCGAUACAGAAGUCGUACCUCAGGCAACUUGCCUCAUUUGGUUGCACCUCGGUAUCUUGGAAGUUGGAACUCGACAUCAAUAUCGAAUGAGCAUGGCCACUUAUUAUGAUGA